CAAUUAGCAGUUGCCCAGGCCUCCUCAAUGUCUGGCAGCGGUUCCGCCAACUUCGCCGCCAUCACGGAUGAGUCAGCCGGUGACCUUGAAAACGCAAAUCAAAAUCAGAGUAUUUUGAAGCGCGCGUCACACUUACUGAGCAGCACUUUCAACUGUAUUGGGAGACGUGGAAAACCGGAGAACGGUCAGGAGCCAGCGUCUAAGAACGAAGAGCGAACAGCAGUUGAGAAUGUGCCGCUAACUAUGGUGUCCAGUUCGGUGGAGUCUUAUGACGGCGUCUGCUUGAAUGAUUCGGAAAUGGCAAGAAAGGUAGGCGACUCAAUGUUACCCUUCGGCACGGAGCCCUGCAACAACAUGAUAGAGAGCCUAACUUACCUCGCGCGCUUCUGCAAACUCGCCUUCUCCGCAGUCACCCUGUCCGUGCUCGAGCAGCCUGUGGGGAACACCUCGGCUACCUUUCAGAUUCUCCUGCACAAGGUUCGAAAGCAAACAGUGGAAUAG